AUGACGUCAAUCAAACCAUUCAAAAUGGAGGAUCUAUUUCACCUCAACACGGUCAACUUGGAUCCAUUCACUGAAAACUUCAACCCGCUGUUCUAUCUCUCGUACCUCUGUGAUUGGCCUGAUCUUUUUUUCAAAUCUGUGGAGGAAGAUGCCUCUAGUCCCACUGGUCACCAAAUAAGUGGAUACAUGAUGGGAAAAACCGAGGGAAGCCUAUUGAAAAAGGAGUGGCAUACACAUAUUACGGCCGUGACGGUUAGCCGCAACUACCGCCGGAUUCAUCUUGCAUCUGAUCUUUGCAGUCGUUUGGAGAACAUCACGGCGGUGGCUCCACACGAGACCCUUUUUGUAGAUUUGUUUGUGAAGGUCACCAAUACAACCGCACGCAUCUUGUAUGAGAAAUUGGGCUACUCAGUGUAUCGACGAGUCGUUGGAUACUACGGCUCCACGUAUCCCACCGAUCGAAACAAGCUCAGCGAUGACGAUGAUGCAUUCGAUAUGCGCAAGUCAUUACCACGCGACGUUGACAAUGAGACGGUGAGGAAGAACGGAGAGAAGGUUUAUGUGCUUCCCGCAGAGGUGGCCUUUUAG